AUGGAUCAUUCUUCUCAAAAACGGCAUAUUUCAGAGGAUCAUUUGAACGAUGAACAAAAUCAACAAACUCUAAAUAACUCUGAAACACGUUCUAAAAGGCCCAAGAUUACAUUACCACCACCAAUGAAUACUUUACAAACACCACAAUUUGAAAACAUCGGUUCAUGGAAUUUACCUCCAUUAACAUCAUUAUCUACAUUGAAUCCUAAAAAUCCUAUUGUGUUUGAUCAAUCAUCAAUACUAGCACCACAAAGCAAUCAACAAAAUCAACAACACCAAUCAUCUUUAUUAAGAUAUGAAUUGCCACCUCUUGAAUCCUUAGGAGUAUCGAGGAAACCUUCGAAUCGAUUACGACGAACAGACGAUGAAUAUAGGCUUGAAAGAAAACGUGAAAGGAAUCGUUUGGCUGCAAGACGUUCUCGUGACAAGUUUCGUUUUUGCCACAAUCAGUUACGUGAACAAGUUAUUCAUUUAGAGAGUGAAGUCGAAAGAUUGAGAGAAGUUUUAAAGAAAAAUUAA